AUGCUGCUCCUCCCUCUCUGGGGCAUCUGUGCCACCGCAAUUUUGACCAUGUUCAUGCCCUUGGUAGCAGACGUCCAGCGGCCGUCUCUCUCUCUUCUCCAGGAAUUCUCUCAGAACGUCUUCGAUGGGAUAAAAACUCGUCUUGGGAUUAGAAAUGGCGGCGAACUCGUUCGUACUCCCUCUGCUCGUCGUGUUUUAACUGCUGUUCGUCUUCCACCUACGACCACUCCCGUUUACAACUACCCUAUAGGGUAUAUUGAUCCUCUUUGUCCCGAAUGUCCCUGGCCAGGACCAGAUGGCUUGUUCAUAUGGCCAACACGCGAUCUAUCCAUCACGGUUACUCCAAUUAUAAGGACAAUGACAGAGACCCAGACAGAGACGUCGCUCGCUUCGGUGACACCGUUCAAAGCCGCUCCCACAACUCACAGCCCGAAUUGGUCUUUUAGUUCUGUCUCUUCUUUGUAUUCGGCAUAUCCCUUGACAUAUGACCUGCCAAAACAGGCUAAUCUGAUAUGGAUUGUGGGGUUCCUGGCAUGUGUCCUGGGGCUCUUCCAUAGUAUUGUGGCACUUAUGCGAAUAUGCUCUAAGAAGAGCGAGGAACAGGCUGCUCCUGCUGCUCCUGCUAUUGCUGGACAGCCUGAUGAAUUAAAAGACCUCAGCAAAACCAAUGUCGCCCUUUCGUUGGAAAAGGAAGAACCAUAUCUUGAAGACUUCGUCAAGAAAAUCGAAUCGCAGGCUGAGUCCCUUGAAACCAACAAGGACAGCACCUCCUCUACCAGCGACACGGAGCGACUUCUCAAGAUCGUCGAAUAUCUCUAUGUUGAAGAAGAGAAUCCCUCGCUUAGGAGACUCAUUUCCGUGAAUCGGUGGACAAUCACCAAAGCCGAAUUUGACUCAAAAUACGGCUGUUCUUCUGUCCCAUACAGUUCUUCUAUGGCCUCCUCGACAGUGGCACCCAAAGGCCUCGCCAGGAGGCCUCCAACCCGAAACGAGAGCUCGACCAAACACCCAAUUCCCACCGGCUCCACGACCACCCCUGCUGAGGCACCAAUACCGAGUGUGGUGCUAGAUUGCCACGUCGGGCGGGCUCCCGGAGUCAAUAAGAGCUCGGGAGCGGCCCUAUCAUCCGACAACAGCGGUCUUCCGGUGCCUGGACGGUACGACUCGCGGGAACCCUUGACUGUGGUAUCAGAUCUCCACGUCGAGGGCACUCCCGUAGUCAACUUGCCGUCUAGGAGGGCCCCCGACAAGCCCGUUGUUGUGUGUGAUGGUGUUGAUGCAGAAGGGAAGGAAGUCCUUCCGCUCAUCCCUCUGCCGUCGGUUCCUUUUCCUCGUCUGGAGCCCGGCGAGGAUUCGGUUCCACCGACACCGCCUGAGAAGCGGCGUCGUCGUCGGAACCGAAUGGGCCAGCAACAGAGGCGAAAGAGACGGGAGGAAGCUGAAGCAAAACUGACGGAGGAUGCGGGUGAGUUGGGAGAAGCAGAGGAGGGAAGAAAGGAAGCUCUAGUUGGGAGUGAGGUUGUUUGGUUUUGA